UGUUCUGUUCAAACAUAGAAGCACAUAAAUCAGCAUAGUAGGAUCAAAGUUAUAUAAGUUUUCGCAGGAGGAAAGGACAUUAAAAUCAACAAACUUAUUCGACCUACGUUCUAAAAUGGACAUGAAAAUGAAUUUUUUAAAUGAAGCAUUCUACUGACAUGCACACUUUUGUCUUUGGAUAUAGCAUGGCGCAACAGCUGAAGAUGUAUGACAUCAGUAGUGAGUGAUUAGAAAGUGUUCAAAUACUCUGACAAUGAUUGCAAUGCAAGAGACUCUGGGCAGGGGGGAAUGGAAGCAGUCAUGCAAAUAUUUUACCUUAGCAUUGAAGUGUUUGCACUCUGAAGUGUUUCGUAUUUCUACCCCAUUCAUCUAUGUUGAACUACACUAGAACCUGGCACAAAGGACAAAGCAAAGCUCUGGGGAUUUUUUCUCUCUAGGGAUGCAUACAUUUUCUGAUCUGGAAAGACAAAAAGUAUCUCCUAAACACUAUUUCCUGAAUCCUGAUUAUUUCAGAUAAAACCAGAUUCUGUAUAAUUUGCAUUUUGGUUUUUGUUUUUGUAGUUUCACAGCAGUAAAACUGAAGACUUAGAUGUCUUUAUGAAUAUGGGGAAUUCUGCCAAGAUAAUUUCUCAUUAGACCAUGGGCAGACAGUUGAUAAUAAGCUCCGUUCAUUGUUGUCCUGUGGCUUGUUUACACUGAGUAUGCUAGAGUAAAAGGCUGGAGAGACUCUUCUGUGCUGUAGCUGACACCCAGCCUGUCUUGGCCUACCACUUACCUAUUACUGGUGCACCCAGACGUGACUGGAUCUCAGCUGAGAAUUGAUCCUACCAGCAUGUCCUCUGUCUGAAAAAGAGCCCUAACUGCAGAACUCUCUUCCACUCUGUGGUCAGGGGACAGACUGGAUGAGAGGCAGCUUUGGAUCUGCUUCCAACCUUGGCUCUCACCAGUGAUUCACUUCCCCUUCCAACACUAGAAGAGAGCCUAACAGGGUAGGCUUGUCCACCUCUGACCCCAGGGUUUUGAGGCUUAGCCUGGAAUGCCCUCUGGCUCAGGGCUUAACAUUUGGGAUGGAAGCACAUCUUGGACUGGCCACUCACCUCAUCCAAGAGAAUUCAGGGAGACCAGUACAGGAAAGCUCUUACUGUAUAGUCCUGAGGGGCAGAGAUGGGAGUGGAUAUGCCCAAGCACAUUGUCCAGGGAAACGGAGACUGGAGAGGAGUGUUGAGCAGGCUGGAGUCAAUCCAUAGUCCACAGGCCACCAGAGAUCCAACCAGCCUGUCUAUGUGAAGCCUUAGAUGGAGGGGAAUAACCCUGAAAGAAGUAGAAGCUGGCUUGUGUGGAGAAAAUGGAAGACCGUUGGGAAAGCCCUGAGUUGAGCAGUCAAUAAAUGAUUACCCACCUUCACCUGCCACUGGGAAGCUGGAGGAAGGAGUGCUUUAAACUGAUGCUACUGAGGCAUGCAUAAUAUCUGAACUUUACUGCUUCUGGUGCAAUGAGUAUUUACCUUCUACAGACAGUAUAAACUUGUGGAUUGCCAAGGGUGAUUGGUACAAAACGCACCAAACCUUGCCCAGAAGCGUGUACCCUUAACAGACUCUGUACUGAGAUGCAGACUUUCCAUCCACCUUGCUGGUGCCUAGGGGAGUUUCCCCUCCAGCGUUUCACUGGAUUCCUCUUUACUGCCACCUCCUAUCGUGCCAGUGAUCUUUCUGUUCCGCCAUGUCAGCUGACAGCCACCGGCUCCACACUCAUUCCCACCAGGAGACACUAAAUUCUGCUUGUUAUGGUCCCUUGAAUGUCAGCAGUCACCCCCUGUCGAAGAGCUCCUCAAGUCUGGUAUGUACCAGGCAAUCAAGUUCAGAGGAGAGUCAAAGCAACAAACAGGAGCUCAAGAAGAGCCACAGUAGCACUGUCUGCCAAACUCUGGGGUACGAGAGUGAUGCCAGGAGCGUGCUGAGUCCUGGAUGGUCCUUCACGCAGUCUGGGGUGAUGGGACUUGGAUCAGUAGUCCGAACCGUGAACGAUCAGUCAGCUGAUGACACUGCACUAAACAGAGCUAAGACUGCAAACCAUUUUCUUAUUGCUGACCAGUCCCUCGCAUCCUGGGAAGCGGGGGAGACUAAGAUGUGCAUGAAGAGCAGCACUGUUGAGAAUGUUUCUUCUGCCUCCAUAGUACGCCAGCAAAGCGUGUGUAAAAUGGAAGAACCAGGAGCUGCCGUUCAGAGAAGCCACUCAGACCUAACUUGCAGCUGCAAACAGGAGAGCUGUGUUGCUCACGUAGAAACUAGUGCCACUCACUCCAGCCUAAGCUCUUCUAGCAGCAGGCAUGGUCCAUCAGUGGCUAGGAUGUCUUUCCAAACGCAGAGAUGUGAAUCGGAAACAAAUGAAAAUACUCUUCAUUAUCAAAACUUUGUAACUCAUCUGCCAACUCUAGCUAGAGACCAAAAAAUACCCACAAAUAGCUAUGACAGCGGUGGUAUUCCGCGUAAUACUACUGUUUACACAGAUCCUGGAACAUUUCACACUGCUGUUCUAGGACCCCGCAUGCCUGGAAACGGUUUCUCAAACAGGACAAUGUUCUGUCAAGCCACUGGGAUUAUGCAAGGUGGUCUGACUUACAGUAAUAUUCCAAACUGUGCAUACUCACCCAUGGUGAUGACAGUUCAUAACAAUUCUGCAGUGCCCUGCAAUACAAGGCAGGACUCUUGUAUGAAAGUAGAUGCCACUGUCCCUGCCUAUUGCCAUUCUUUGCCCAUACCAUCUAUACAGCUUGUUCCACGGUUGGUAUGCUCGGUUAGCGAGUCAGGAAAGGAGCAGGCAGUACCUGGUUAUUGUCAUUCCUUUUCUACUUCAGACAUUCUCACGUAUCCCAAGCUAGUGUCAUCAGUAAGCGAAUCGGGCCUGGAUGCCAAGAGAGUCCUGAAGUGCUGUAGUGUUCCUGGAGAACAACUGCAACACGCUCAACACUGUGCCCAGCAGGGCAGAGCUCCUCCAGAAACAGAGGCCAUCUGUGUUGCCUUCAAUAGCCAGCAAGGGGCAGACAUGAUAAUGAAAACGAAGGACAUGUGGACUAUGACCUCUAUGAAUGAUUUGACCAGAGGACUGAAACCAUCUCUGGAGCGUAGAGACGCCGAGGUACAGACUCUUCCAACCAUGGAAUACAAACCUGUGGCCACAAGUCCAGCGGCCGCAGCAGAAAGCCAGCUGCACGUGUUCCCAGAGGUGAACCUGGAACCAGAUUCAGAGGCCCCCAAAUCUCCAGUGCGUGAAGUGAGAUGGGAUGAUGAAGGAAUGACAUGGGAGGUGUACGGGGCAUCUGUGGAUCCAGAAGUUCUUGGUUUAGCCAUUCAGAAACAUCUUGAGAUUCAAAUAGAACAAUUCCAGACAGAGCCUGCCCAGCUGGCUGGGAAAAGUAAUGAGGAUACUUUUGAUAAGGAGCCAUCUUCCGCUAAAGUGGGAAAGAAGAGACCAUUCCGAACCAUGAUGCAUUCUCUAAGAUAUCCGAGCUGUUGCGCCCGGUCCAGUACUGCAGUGGAGUGAGCACAGCUCCAUGACAGCUGUGCUUCCUUUGAAUUGUUAACAAACGCUGAUCCCUAGGUGUUAACGUAGUGCAUGUGCACAAUCCACUCACUUCAGUGUGAGCUGGAACAGUGUGAGUGACCAUCAAAUGCACAGCGCAGCAAGGAAAAAUCCAUGCAUGGGCCAUGUAACAGAGGACUUAGAGUUGUACCCACAUAAUGCUGUCCGAAUGCUCUUGACUGUAUUUAAUGUAGCACUGUUUUAUUCUUGUAUGUUAGUUUUAAAUAAUGGUAUAAGAAAUAAGAUUACUUUUCUAAAUGAUGCAUCUUUUUAAAAUCAUGUUGAAUUUCUCUGUGUUUUAAUAAUUUAAGAUUAGGUAGCAAGGUUAGAAAAUAAUGCUUUAGUCAAAGUUCUUAUCAUUAAAUCCUACUCCCUUAAGUUGUUUUGGGAGCUCUUUUGCUGUUAAUUUAUAAUAAUGCUGACUAUAAACACACUUUAGCAAUAGAUAACAGGGCAAACUAGUGUAAUGCUAUAUUACAAAUAAUUGUAACUUUUGGUAUUUAAUUCUGCACAGUACUUUCAGUAUUGUUAGCUUGAACUCAUCCUUUUGCAAACUGAUGUAUGGUUGGAGGAUGCUACUGCAACUCUCAGAUUAGUUUGUAGUUAUGAUGAUACAUUCUAAAUAUCCAGAACUGAUAUUUACCUAGUGAUUGACACAAAUGUACAGUACUACCAAAGAUGACUCAUGUAAUGUGAAUUUCUUAUUGAAUUCUUGUUUCUUAAAUACAUGAAACAAAAGCUGAUCAGAUUAGUCUGUCACACCCCAUAAAUUAUAAGCAGUUUUGUUUUGCAUAUAUUAAAAAUAAUUUCCAGUGA